CACCCGUGGAUUCCAUUUCCACAUGUAUAAUUGUGUAUGCAUGCAUCCGUUAAUUUAGGUCACUUCAUAUAGCUUCCAUAAGCACAGAUGAUGUUCAAAUGAUGCGUCGACGCUCGCUCGAAAGGCGCUAGUGUGAGGGGUCUUUUAAAUAUAACUUUUCACUGCGAUUCUGUUUGCAUCCUAUCCACCUUUGAUAAAACGUAUAAUGUGUAGGUACUCGAAUUAUUUUAGCCAAGGGUGACCGGCUCAUAUAUCUGUUCUAUUUCAAGUUUAAGAUCAAAUAAAAAAGCUGGCAGUACCAAAACUGUCAUCGUAGACGUUGAAAUUGACACGGCAAUGAGGGACACAGCUUCGUUCACCUGGCCCGGUAACUUCAUGCAAACCUAAGGUUACCGGGAUUACUACUCCUAUUAUAUAUAUAUAGUUUGUAUUGCAAUUCUCAAUCAUGUACGUAACGAUCAUUAAAUUGCCCGAAAAGAGAGGCCACUUGAAAGCGACCAAUCAAGAUUAAUCCGAGAAUACAAUCAACAAAAUCCCACGGAAAUACGUUUUCCUAUCCGAACAUUUCCGUAGGUUAGAAAAUAUAAUUGUACAGACAAACUUUUUUCCUUAAGUAUUUUUAUCAUUCUAUUAAUGACGUAGAUUACUGUGAAAUGAAAGUAUAACAUGAAGCGAUUCGUUUCAGUACCCGAAUAUAUUUAUUUGGGUUAAGACGUGACUAUGUUGAAAGAUAUACAAGGAACUACCAUAGUAGUGACCGGCGGCGGAAGCGGCAUCGGUCUCGCGAUCGCCGACGCGUUUCUCCAGCACGGCGCCCACCACGUUAUUCUCCUCGACCUCAACGCAGAACAGGCGGACCAAGCUACUGCAACUCUAAACGCAAAGUACGAAAACAAGGCUACGUUCAUUCUAUGCGACGUUACUAAAGACCUGGAUCAAGUUACGAAGGUUAUUAUAGACACAUACAAAACUGUGGAAGUAUUGGUAAACAGUGCUGGUAUUGUUAACGAAAGGAAUCCUAAGAAAGUGAUUGAAAUAAACCUAACGGCGGUCAUAGAAUGGUCAUUGAGAUACUUGGAAAUUAUGAGGACUGACCGUGGUGGAAAAGGCGGCACUAUUAUCAACAUAUCCUCGAUGUACGGGUUUAUGGUAGAUCCAUAUUUACCUACGUAUAAAGCUUCUAAAUAUGGCGUCCUUGGUUUUACGAAGAGUAAAGGCCAUGAAUAUAAUUUCAAGAAAACAGGCGUAAGACUGCUUGCCAUCUGUCCAGGAGUCACAAAGACGAAUCUCCUCGCUGAUUACAAGAAUUUUGAAGAAAAAGAGAAUCAAGAGGACUUUGUGGCAACGUUUGACAGUUUUCCGUGGGCAGAGGUCACGAGGGUGGGGCAGGCUGUUGUCGAAGUGUUCAGAAAAGCAGAAAGUGGGACGGCAUGGGCAAUCCAGGGCGACGAACCCGUGUUUGAGGCUUAAAUUUGAAUAUAAAUUAAAAAGAUUUAUGGAAUACUUGAUUAUGAAAAA